AUGACGAGAGCUAGCCAGCUUCCCAAGGCCUCGCGGGCUUUAUUUUUGAAGGAUCUCCCUACGUCGCGUCUUACGAGACAAAGGGAGAACUUGAAUCUGAUUGCAAACUACAAGGAUUCCGCAUACAAGUUUCCCCAGGUGUCAAAAUUACAUCUGAUCUUUAAAAGUCACAACGCCUACGGUCACAUGGGAGCGAAGCAGUUCUGGAAGUGGAAUCUUCGGACGAUUUGUUUCCACAACCCGGAUGUAAACAUCGAGGUCACCAGAGUCAACUGCCCAACAAAAGAAGAGCAACUGAAGUGUCCUAGUGUUUUGAAGGUGGUGUACGCGGAUGGUCGCGAAAAGAAGAUCGACUGCAAGCAUAAACACUCUGAUGAUAUUAUGAAAGAGCUGGUGGAACUCACGCAGGCUGUGAAGUGCCCCGAAGACGAGAUCCCAGUGCUUAAACAAUAA